GCUUGAUCUUGUUCUAGGAAAAGGAACAAGCCACGAGUUGAAUCAAAGUUGAGUUUUUUUCGAGUUGCGUUUUUUUCAAAGUGCCACGAGCUGUCGAGCAAAAUAGAAGGUGUUGUAGUUUUGUAGUUGUUAUCUGAAAAUUGUUCGAUGUUUUUCUUUCGAUGUUUCAUUUGCAACCUAUCAAUAGGCAGUUUAGAAAGUCGAAAGAACACUACUACAGCCGUGUAACGACUUGUGCGGCACCGCGGUAUUUCUGCGAUGGUGAGACCCAGACCCAUUCGUAAGUAGCUAGAUUUUUAGACAGAAAAAGAGAAAAUGGCAUUCUCCAAGCCGAUUGCCCCGUGGUCGUCCCGGCUAGAAGAAGAACGAAAAGCCCGGGAAAAAAACUACAUGGAGGAUCAUGAUUUCUGGACUGCCCCUUCCUUCUCCUUUUUCAACGAAAUGGUAGAGCAAACGAGCAGAACACUCUCCGGUUAUUUGCUUGUGGAAGAGAAUGCCGUAGGUUCAUUUCCCAGCAGUGUCUCCACGCGGGUGACCUCCUCAAGAAGACCAAGAGGGGCAGUAGUGCGAGGAGAAGCAACAUCUUCCGCGAAAAAGGCGCAGCGGAAUGAAAAUCUGAUUCAGACCACGGUGCAGCGGAAUGACCUAGGGAACGGCAGGUCUUGUAAUCAAGCGACAUCUACUUCGAAGGAGUUUAGUAGAAGCAACCGGAUCAAUCUAACCGUGCCAAGAAGAACGAUAACCACUUCUACUUCAUCAGUGUCUGCUGCUGGUGCGCAAGAAGAGGAUUUGACCACACACCGGCGAAGAUUCGAGGAGUUGACAACUGUCAAGAAGGGUAGUUGUGAUUUGUCCUUGCCCAUGACCAAACCAGCAAGCGAAUUUUUAGUCCACAGCCAGAACAACAAGCUGCUGUGCGCGCACGAGACGAAGAGGAGUGCACCAGUGCUGCCAGUUCCACGACUGAUAGGACGCGAGGAAAAUGGUAGAACAAGCACAGCGGAUGGACAAUUUCUAGAAGAGCAUGCGUCAUCAACUUCGACCAGCACCCCUCCAACAAGUUGUCCGUCCAGUCCAAUGUCGUGCAGAAGCACUAGUUCCACCAGCACAACUUCCUGCGGCUCUAAAACUUCCUCCCCCUCCUCGUCCUUCAGUAAGAAACAGUUCUACCAAGCGGAGAGACACGUGAAGAAGACCGCGAAAUUUUUGGCAAAGUGCGAUCCGUAUUGGCGACAUGUGGCGGAGACGCUGAUGUUGAAUGUCACGGUGGCAAAAGCGGCAACGGUAAUAUCGAUUGAACUCUAUUUUGAUGAAGACGUGUCGAUUGUUUGGUUCCAUUUUCAUAAGUUUCUUUCCUUGUGCAAAAAGAAGAACUGUAUACUUACACUGGAAAACUGGCAGUGAGAUGAAAAUGAUAUCAUGUACUGUACCAAUACCUCCCAGGCCCUCGGUUUUUUCACCACAACCUUCGGCUCUUCCGCGGCGCUCUUUCCCCUAGCCCUGGCUUCUGGCACCGCGAUAUCCUGAGUAAAAACGUCACCACACCAGAGUUGUCAUGCAGAUUUGCAAUCACAGGAACAUUUGUAAUGCGCAUCGCCAGGAGGACCUUUUUAGUCGUGUUUUGAAAUUUGUAAUGCUGUAAACAGGAUGAGCAGAUGCUGGAUUUCUGAUGCAGCUGGCCUUGCGAACCUGCACUACACUACGGACUGCAGCUUGUGAUGCGUGACCCCCCAAAGUUCUAGGUUUGUGUUGCAAAGUCCCCAUCUUGACUCUGGUGUGGGGAUGUUUUUACUCAGGAUACGCGAUGGUCCCAGCGCCGCCGCCCUCGAAAAUCCAGUAUAACAUAUCGAAUGCAAAUAUGUCUGGGUGUGGAAAGUUGUAAUGCCAAAAAUGAAUGAGAGUCGCACUGCUACUGCAGUACGCAGCCAAGCAUGACAAUUUUUUGGGGUGCUGUGUGUUUCGUACUCCGCAUGGCAAGCCGCGUUUUUGCAUGACGGGUAGGGGCGGGACCUUUUCGUGCCCCUGCAUCACAGAGUCUCAAGCCAUGUCAGACAUGCAUUACAAAUCUACAAAUCUUCCAGACCCGCCAUACAUAUUUGCGAUGCAUAUAACAACCGGCAGAUCAAAACCAUCCCCGGCCCGGGGAGCACCGGGUCGCAGGCGCUGACGCACCCGACGACCGGGCAGCCGUUGCCAAAGGAAGAGGACCAGUUUAUGGAAUUGAUCUUCCCGGGCUUCGACUCUGACACCUUCAUCUGGAAUGUGACGCUGGCGCAAGUGGCGGCCUUCGGCUUUACCAUGUUCAUCGGCCACCAGAAAGCAAACCCGACGCCCUGUGCACUGUACUUUUUUUGAUACAACGCUAUUUCGUUCUUCAUUCUGUGAUUCGGAUGAUCGCGGUUUUCUUUUUCAAGGUGGUGUUUUGUCAUGGGAACUACGCCAUGCAACCGCUCUUGCAAGAUGAAAAAAUCAUCCUCACAAGAAGAAGAAACACAAAGAGCCAUCUAAUAUGCGAAUGCAAACACAUCACCAAAUAAUUCUUCAUAAAACCACCAGGUACAUGCUCGGCGCUUCCUGGGGCCCCGCGCUGGCCCGGGGGCAGGUUUGGCGGUUACUGUGCCCGAUGAUGCUGCAUGCGAACAUGAUGCACUUGUUUUUCAUAUCGUCAGAAAAAACGUGCCCCCCACCCCAGAGUUGUGAUGCAAAUGUGCAACGACAGGAAUCGAUUUAUAAUGCGCAGCUCCAUGAGAUGCGUUUCCAGUUGCGUUUUGGAAUUUGUAAUGCUGUAAACUACGGGAUGAGAAAGUGGCUUUCUCAUGCUUCUUCCCUUGCCAACCAGCACUACACUGCAGAGGAAAACUUGUCAUGCGCAGCUCCCAAAACUUGGACGGAGAUUUGUGUUGCUAGAUCCCCAACUUGAAGACUAUGGGGUGGGGACGUUUUUGUUUAGGAUACUUCAACGUGUUCUUCCAGUUAAGAAUUGGGUUUGGCAUGGAGCUAUCAACUGCAAAUAUUUCUGGGUCUGAAACGCUGGAACUUGUAAUGCUAAUUCUGGAUAGUGCAAAAAUGAAAAAUCUGUGUUUCGUGAUUACCAAAAGCUGCCCACUUUUGACCAAGUUGAGAGGCAGUUUCUCAUGCAGGCGAGGCAUGAUAGAGGUCGUGCAGAAUCUGUCAUGCUAGAUCAUAUAUGACAGACCUCAUGCGUCAUAGAAAACAUGCAUGACAAGUCUUGCGACAGUCGAGACCCAGACAUAUUUGCAUUUGAUAGGAGCGACAGUUCGGAAAAUCGAAGAUGCGGUCCCUGUACGUUAUGUGCGGAGUGAUCGGGAACCUGAUCUCGGUCAUGCUCGAUCCGUUCAAAUUAGCUGUUGGGGCGUCCACGGCGGGGUUUGGGUAUAGUUUGUCCUGUUCUUGUAGCAACAUUUGUAUUGCGGUUUUGCUACGACGAUACGUCUUUGUCAUGCACGAUCACGAACAAAAAUCAAAAACAAAUCAAAACAGGCUUAUCGGCGUGUGGAUUGCGGAAAUCGUGAUGUCGUGGGAGCUAUGGAUUGCAAACAUGUCCGGGUCUCUUGGAAGGAUGCCAGGUUUGUCAUGCUUGUGUAGUAUGACAGAAGAGUUUGUGAUGCGUGUCCAAGAACAGACUCUUUUGCUUGUCAUGCAAAAACGCAGUUCGUCAUGCGGAAAACGCAACGCGAAACCGCGCAACUAUUUCUCAUGCUUGGCCUUGCAUUUUUACAGAGCAUUCACUAUUGACGAUUCAGCAUUACAAGCUUCCAGAUCCAGACCCACACAUAUUUGCAUUUGAUAGGAGCUGCUCGGGCAGAACCGGGAUCGCACGCUGAUCUGGAUUCUGUUCAUGCUGGUGUCUGUCACCACUAUGUCGGGGAUGACGCCGAACAUGGAUCUCUACGGCCAUUUCGGCGGCGCUUUGGGUGGUUUUCUCAUGGCCUUGGUGAUGGCGGACAUGAAACCGGAGCACCGCCCCCCGUGGUACAACCUGCUCAAGAAGCUCGGGUUCGUCGGGCUGGCGUCGAUUUUCGGGGUGGGCUUGUGGAAAGUCGGCUUUCACACGCCGCUGACCCCCAUCCCGGACUGCCCAUGGUUCUCCGACUGGCUGUCCGGCGCGAGCCACCUCGGGUUCGGGAAUGUUCUGCCGAACAUCGGGAACCUGUUCUCCAGGGGGGCGAGCUCGAUCGUGAUUUGAUUUUAAGGAGGGAGUUGCGAUUCUAACAAGGUUGGAUUUCAUGCUGUAGGGUGGACUUAAGUUGCAGUAUCGCAGCAGAACUAGUAGAGACAGGAAGAUCUGUACUUCCAAGAAUCUCAAUCUUCUGAAGAACUUUUUUGCUUUUGUUAAGAGCCUUUUCGCAGAACUUGAACUUGUUUUCGAGGCAACGCGCUUGCCGAGCAAAAAUGGAAUAUCCACUGGUUUAUUUCGUUCGAGGUCGAGCUAAGCCAAGAACAAGAACUAAACACGAAAUAGGUGUUGAUGCAGAUUACAAAAGAACCUACAAGUACUUGUUUCUCAAACAAAAUUGAAGACAAAUUUACAGUAUCGAGCGAACUGUUUUUGUACGAAAAGUAUUGAGGUAAGUAGGCGAUUGCGAAAAAAACUACUGAAAAUCCUGCUUCUACUCGCGGUAGGAGUUUUUAAACCGAACAAGUUAGUACUUAAAUAACAGUUAAGUUUAUAAGCUGGGAGAGGGGAGAGCCCGGGAGAGGCUGGGAGAGGCUGGGAGAGCUUUCGCAAAUUAGAAGGAACAGCGCGACUCGUUUUGUAAAUUUGCUUCAGGCUCGAUGGUAUGAUGUCUAUUUUACUGCAGUUCUUUUUAUAUAUAUGUAAGCGGUUUGGACGGCGCCCCUGUGGCGUAUUUCUAUUUGUGACUACUCGGCGCAGUUUUUGGGAUGGCGGAUGCCGCCGACAGGUGGCAUCUAGGGGGCGAAAAAUUCCUGCAUGCGUGUCCUCCACGCGGGCGGCCCCUGGGGCGCUGCUGUCGUUAUCCAUCAGGGAAAGUUGAAGCGGGCACUUCGAUUUUCCUUCGAUGAGGGAAAGCUGAAGUGGCCAAUUCAAAUUUCCUUCGAUGAGGGAAGGUUGAAGUGGUCACUUCAAUUUUCCUUCGAUGAUGGAAAGUUGAAGUGGCCACUUCGAAUUUCCUUCGAUGAGGGAAAGUUGACGGGGCCAUUUCAAAUUUCCUUCGAUGAGGGAAGGUUGAAGCGGUAACGUCGAUUUUCCUUCGAUGAGGGAAAGGCGAAGUGGCCACUUCAAAUUUCCUUCGAAGAGGGAAAGUUGAAGCGGCCAUCCCAAAUUUCCUUGCUUCGAUGAGGGAAAGUUGAAAUGGCAACUGCGAGCUUCCUUUGAUGAGGGAGCGUUGAAGUGGGCACUUCGAUUUUCCUUCGAUGAGGGAAAGUUGAAAUGGCCAUUUCAAAUUUCCUUCGAUGGGGGGAAGUUGAAGUGGCCACUUCAAAUGUCCUUCGAUGAGCGGGCGCGCGGUGCUCGUUUGCCUUCGAAUCGAUGCAACGCCAUUGGCUGCGUAUGGGGUGAGUGAAUGCGCGCGCGCAGCGCGCGCGCGAAAUUUUUUUUGGUUCUAUGGCUCUCCCUAUUAAAGUAUAAUAAUCAACACCAUACGCGGGGGAUUAGAUAAUCCAGCGAGUUUUUUUUUUGUGACGUGUUGGCGUUGCUGAUUUUCCUCUCCCAGGCUCUCCCAACCCAGGAAAAAGGGGGCUAUAAACUGUGCUGAAAUAAUACUUUUCAUUUUGUCGUCUCUUCACCCGAACAGUAUUAGGGCGACGAGAAUCAAUCUGUCAACUACGCGCAACUUUUAUUCCGUGUGGCACUACUUCCGGAGUAAAUUAUUCUUCAGCUACUGCUAUCGACGCAGCUUUUGAACUUUGAGAACUUCUUCGCUAUCGACUGCACGUGUUUGGGAGAAUUAUGGAU